CAUCACACCAACAGCACCACCCGCUCCGCUCCCCCGAAAUUUUUUUCUCGCUCCGCCUCUCUCUCUCUCUCUCUCUAAUCUCUCUCCACCACACCGAGCCAGAGAAUUCAAACGGUACAAGUAGAGAGCAAGGCACCGCACCACCUCAACCCACGAGCGCAAACGGCUCCUCCUCUCUUCUCUCGCUCGCACUCGCAGGCGGCCGCGGCGGCACGGCCUCGGGCACUCGACCUCACCGCCGGCUCCACGUUGCGCGCGUUCGGGGACUGCUCGGCUGGAUUCUCCUACCCAGCCGCGCUGAUCCAGUGUCCGUUUUCUGCAAGAAUUUUGUGAGAAAACUUGGUUCUUGCUACAUUCCCCAGCCUUCUGGGUGCAGUUUGUGGUUUAGAUUAGACAGUGAGAAAAAAUGGCUGCAUCAAGACCACCAAGCACCCCUGCAUCGAAGGCUGAGCGCACACCGAUGUCAACCCCGACCCCUGGUGGCAGUUCAAAGGCCAAGGAGGAGAAGAUAUUUGUUACAGUGAGGGUGCGACCAUUAAGCAAGAAGGAGCUGGCUGUGAAGGAUGAAGUAGCAUGGGAGUGUGCUGAUAACCAGACAAUCUUGUACAAGGGCCCACCACAGGACCGAGCUUCACCGACCUCUUACACUUUUGAUAAGGUGUUUGGGCCAGCUUGCCAAACAGAUGUGGUUUAUGAAGAUGGAGCCAAGGAUGUUGCAAUGUCUGCAUUGACAGGCAUUAAUGCCACCAUUUUUGCAUAUGGGCAAACGAGCAGUGGUAAAACAUUCACGAUGAGAGGCGUUACAGAGAGUGCUGUUAAUGAUAUUUAUCAGCACAUAGCUAAUACUCCUGAGAGGGAGUUUGUUAUCAAGAUAUCUGCUAUGGAAAUUUACAAUGAGAUUGUGAAGGAUCUUCUACGACCUGACUCUGGCCCGCUUCGCUUGUUAGAUGAUCCCGAGAAAGGAACCAUCGUGGAGAAGUUGCAAGAAGAAAUUGCUAAGGACAGCCAACAUCUAAGGCAUCUAAUCAGCAUCUGUGAAGAACAAAGACAGGUUGGGGAGACCGCGCUAAAUGAUACCAGUUCACGUUCCCACCAAAUCAUUAGGCUGACACUUGAGAGCAGACUCCGCGAACUGUCAGGAUGUGUUAAAUCUUUUGUUGCUAGCCUGGUAAGCAUACUGUCCUACUUUUGGAAUUGGUAUGCUGAAUUCUGUAAUCUGAAUAAUCGCUUGCUUUGUUCACAGAAUUUUGUUGACCUUGCUGGAAGUGAACGAGCUGCGCAAACACAUGCAAUUGGUGCAAGGCUGAAAGAGGGCUGCCAUAUAAAUCGCAGCUUGUUGACUUUGACUACUGUCAUCAGAAAGCUAAGCUCGGAGAAAAGAAGUGGACACAUACCCUAUCGGGAUUCAAAGCUGACGCGCAUUUUGCAGCUUUCUUUGGGUGGAAAUGCAAGGACUGCAAUCAUCUGUACUAUGAGCCCAGCCCUAACACAUGUAGAACAAUCUAGAAAUACUCUAUUCUUUGCAACCUGCGCAAAGGAGGUCACAAAUGCUGCAAAAGUUAAUAUGGUUGUAUCAGAUAAGCAGUUGGUGAAGCACCUUCAGACGGAAGUUGCUAGAUUAGAAGCAGAACUAAGGACCCCCGACCGCACCUCCUCUUCAGAUUACCUCAUAAUCGAAAGGGACAGGAAGAUUAGACAGCUGGAAAUUGAAAUUGAGGAACUCAAGAAGCAACGAGAUAAUGCACAGUCACAGGUUGAAGAACUACGAAAGAAGACUGGUGAUAACCAGCUGGGGUGGAAUCCCUUUGACUCGCCACAAAACGCACGAAAGUGCCUCACAUUUUCUGGAUCGUUAGAGCCAAGUAACAAAAUUAAGAUGAGCAGCUCGAUUAGGCAAUCAUCUACUGCACCUUUCAUGUUAAAGCAUGAAAUCCGCAAGCUGGAGCAGCUAAAACAACAGCUUGAGAUCGAAGCAAACCGUGCCAUUGAAGUACUUCACAAAGAAGUUGAAUGUCACAAGCAUGGCAACCAGGAUGCUGCAGAAACUAUUGCUAAACUUCAGGCAGAAAUCAGGGAGAUGCAAGCUGUUAGAUCUGAGAACAGAGACGUAGAAAUGAUUGCAGAUGAAGGGCACGGAUCUGAUUUGAAAGAUGAAAUUUCUAGACUUAAUAUGCAAGACAAUGAUAUUGCCAAACUUGAGGCGAAACUAGAAAAUGUCCAAAGAUCUAUUGACAGAUUGGUGAUGUCACUUCCAAAUGUUAGCAUGCCGUGUAACGAGACUACCCCAAAGUCCAACAGAUCAAAGAAGAAAAAGAGGAUGCUUCUUCCACUGGGUGUGAGCAACAACAUAAACAGAGCAAAUCUUCUAAGAGCGCCUUGCUCUCCCCACUCUUCUAGUAGGCCUUCUGAAUCAGAAGUUGAGAACAGGGCCCCUGAGGGUGACACCGUAUCUCGUGAGGGUUCAGAAAAGGCCACUCCCACCAAAAGUGAAGACGGAGAUAUGUCAUCCCGUGAUGAAACACCGCGCUAUAGGCGCUCCAGCUCAGUCAAUAUGAAAAAGAUGCAGCGGAUGUUCCAAAAUGCUGCAGAGGAAAACGUGAGGAGCAUCAGAUCUUAUGUAACUGAACUGAAGGAGCGAGUUGCAAAACUUCAGUACCAAAAGCAGCUGCUAGUCUGCCAGGUUUUGGAGUUGGAAUCUAAUGAAGGCAAACCAAAUGAUGACUUGGAAGAGGAAAAUGCUGGGCCUCUACAGGACAGUCCGGAUUCAUGGGACAGAUUAUUCAAGGAGCAGAUGCAGCACAUUAUUCAACUGUGGGAUCUCUGCCAUGCAUCGAUCAUACACCGGACCCAGUUCUACCUGUUAUUCAGGGGUGAUAGGGCUGAUCAGAUAUACAUUGAAGUUGAAGUAAGACGACUGACAUGGUUGCAACAACACUUCGCUGAGGUCGGUGAUGCAAGCCCUGCAGUUGGUGAUGACCCUGCAGUUUCACUCGUCUCAAGUAUUAAGGCAUUGAGGAAUGAGCGAGAAUUUCUUGCAAGAAGGAUGGGCUCAAGGCUGACGGACGAAGAGCGAGAGCGCCUCUUCAUCAAAUGGCAGGUCCCCCUCGAUGCCAAGCAACGGAAGCUGCAGCUUGUGAACAAGCUCUGGACAGAUCCCAAUGAUCAAGCACACAUUGAGGAGAGUGCAGAUCUGGUGGCCCGGCUGGUUGGUUUCUGCGAGGGUGGUAACAUCAGCAAGGAGAUGUUUGAGCUCAACUUUGCAAUCCCCACAAGCAGGAAGCCAUGGCUAGUCGGUUGGCAACCCAUCUCAAACAUGAUCAGGGAGAAGACUCAACUUUGGUAAGCAGGUGUCUGCCCCCAUACACAAUAAGGAAAAGACUCAUAUGUCAAGGGAAGCUCAAAGUCUGGACUUGUUGUCUGCCCCCUUACACAAUAAGGAAAAGACUCAUAAUGUUCAAAGUCUGGACUUGUUGACUAAGAGUAAGU